AUGUCGGCACCUCUCAAGGGAUCGUGCUUUUGCACAGCGGUGACCUAUGUGGUAUCCGGUGCUCCAGCACUCAGCGCGUUCUGCCAUUGCACUCAAUGCCAGCGUCAAUUCGCGUCUCCUUUCGUACAUGCCAUCCACGUCGCGAGCUCCGCAUUUUCUUGGACGCAUAGCGAGCCGCACGAUGCUCAACUUGACACCUUCGUCAUUCCGACCAAGCCGUGGAAGACACGGUACCGCUGCAAAAACUGCGGCGUCUGCGUUGCCGGUCGAAACUCCCAGACAGGAAAUUGCAGCAUAUGGGGCGCCACGUUGGAGCGCACUAAGGACGGCAAGAUUAAGGCGUGGGACGUGGUGAAGCCGACAGCGCAUAUAUUCUAUGGUACACGGAUGGUUGAGGUGAAUGACGAUCUGGGGAAGUGGGAGGGCUUUGAAGGAAAGUCAAACAGGGUAGCUUGA